AUGGGACUGUUAGCCUUGGGCACGCCUUUGCCGUGGUUUGAGUCCAGAACGUAUAAUGAACACAUCAGGGAUGAAGGGAUUGAGCAGCUGUUGUACAUUUUUCAAGCCGCUGGUAAAAGAGACAACGAUCCUCUUUAUUGGGGAGACGAACUUGAGUACAUGGUUGUGGAAUUCGAUGACAAGGAUAAAAAUUCUAUGCUCGACGUUUGCCAUGACAAAAUUCUUACUGAGCUUAACAUGGAAGACCUUCCUCUCUGUGAGGCUAAUGAUGUGAGCUUUCACCCCGAAUAUGGGCGCUACAUGUUAGAGGCCACACCAGCUUCGCCCUAUUUGAAUUAUGUCGGCAGUUAUGUCGAAGUGAACAUGCAACAAAGACGUGCCAUAGCAGAGUACAAGCUGUCUGAGUAUGCGAGACAAGAUAACAAAAACAAGGUACAUGUCGGUGCUAGAUCGGUGCCUUUGACGCUAACUGUCUUUCCUAGAAUGGGGUGUCCCAACUUCAUCAAUAUCAAGGGUCCAUGGAACCAUAAAAAUGCGGCUUCUAGGUCCCUGUUCUUACCGGAUGAUGUCAUAAAUAGGCAUGUCAGGUUUCCCAACUUGACAGCAUCCAUCAGAACCAGACGUGGUGAGAAGGUCUGCAUGAAUGUCCCAAUGUAUAAAGAUAAAGCUACUCCGGAAACAGAUGAUUCUAUCUAUGAUCGAGAUUGGUUUUUACCGGAAGACAAAGAGGCCAGAUUGGCUUCCAAGCCAGGAUUCAUUUAUAUGGAUUCUAUGGGUUUUGGAAUGGGUUGUUCUUGUUUACAGGUAACCUUCCAAGCACCUAAUAUUAACAAGGCUCGUUACCUGUACGACUCAUUGGUAAAUUUCGCACCGGUAAUGCUGGCCUUCUCUGCGGCUGCACCAGCUUUUAAGGGUUGGUUAGCUGACCAAGAUGUUCGUUGGAAUGUAAUUUCUGGUGCGGUCGAUGAUCGUACUCCGAAGGAAAGGGGUGUCGAACCAUUACUGCCCAAAUACAACAAAAACGGAUUUGGAGGAAUCGCGAGAGACGCUCAAGAUAAGGUCGUUGAAAUACCCAAAUCAAGAUAUAGUUCAGUGGAUCUUUUCUUGGGUGGAUCAAGAUUCUUUAAUAGAACUUAUAACGACACAAAUGUACCUGUCAAUGAGAAAGUACUAGGAAAGUUACUCGAGAAUGAUAAAGCGCCUCUUGAUUAUGAUCUGGCUAAACAUUUCGCGCAUCUCUACAUUAGAGAUCCAGUAUCUACAUUUGAAGAACUAUUAAACCAAGACAACAGGACAUCUUCGAACCAUUUUGAAAACAUUCAAAGCACAAAUUGGCAAACCUUACGUUUCAAGCCUCCUACCCAACAAGCAACCCCAGAUAAAAAGGAUUCUCCUGGUUGGAGAGUUGAAUUUAGACCAUUUGAGGUCCAACUAUUAGACUUUGAGAACGCCGCGUACUCCGUGCUCAUAUACUUGAUUGUCGAUAGUAUUUUGACGUUUUCUGAUGAUAUCAACGCAUAUGUUCAUAUGUCUAAAGUAUGGGAGAAUAUGAAGACAGCCCAUCAGAGAGACUCUAUUUUGACGGGAAAAUUUCACUGGAAGAAAUCAUUCCAUGGUGAUACUGACGUGGAAACUGAAGAGUAUUCUAUGAAUCAAAUCUUUCAUAAUCCAGAAAAUGGUAUUUUCCCUCAAUUUAUCACGCCGAUCCUAUGUCAGAAAGGAUUUGUAGCCAAAGAUUGGAAAGAAUUACAACACUCUACACAGCAUAAAAGAUUAUAUUAUUAUUUAAAGCUUAUUUCUGAUAGAGCAAGCGGUGAAUUACCAACAACAGCAAAAUUUUUUAGAGAAUUUGUACUGCAACAUCCAGAUUACAAACAUGAUUCAAAAAUUUCUAAAUUAAUUAAUUAUGAAUUGCUUUCUACGUGUGAUAGACUUACCCAUUUAGACGACUCGAGAGGUGAAUUAACGUCCUUUUUAGGAGCUGAAAUUGCAGAAUAUAUAAAGAAUAAUAAACCAUCGAUAGAAAGUAAGUUUUGA